UCUCGCCGCCCGGCGCUCCGGCGACCCGCGUCCGGCCCGAUCCCCCGGCGGCUCAGCUGGGGACCCCCAGCCAAUCCAGCAGCCUUUCGCAACGUAGCGGGUGCCUUUCUUUUUCCUUCAUUCUCUGUCUUUUCAUGUAACAGUAACCUGUCGUUUCUGCUUGGAGGGUCUAAGAAGAAUCCACGAUCGCUUUGCUGUGUCUAACCUAGGAAUUUCAAAUGGGGCUUCUCAGAAUUCACAUCUGGUUCCCCUAACUGGCGAUCAGGAUUGUGGAGUCUUCCAAAAUAGCCCUUUCCAUCUUACGUAAUGAGAGACCCAGAGAAGCUCUGGCUUUUCCACGGUACAUAAUCUAUAUUUACUCUCCCCCUCCCCGACACACACACACGCCCGCUCCCUCUCCCGUGCGUGUGUGUGCGCGCGCGUGUGCGUGCGUUUCCUUUCGUUUCUAGCAUUAGGAAACUCGUUCGCGGCCACUGAAAAGUCAGGAGCGGCUCAGAUCUGAUUUUCCACGGAUUCCUACCUCCACCGUCAGAUACUGUCCGGAAACGGUGCCACCGAAUAACCAUGGGAAUGUGAUCCUGGAGAGCCAGCGCGCCGCUACCCAGAGAGGAAGCGCCAGAGAAAGGCGAGCCUGGAAGGCGAGCAGCCGUUCGCGUUGGCUGGCGAGGAAAAGUGCGGCGCGGGGCCCGGCCCGGGGUUCGGGCCCCUGACUUCAGCACCGGAGGGGAUGGACAGCGUCUCCGGACCCGGCUGCCGCCGCCGCGACCGGACUGCGCCGCCGCGGGCCUCGCCAAGGGCAGCCCGGCUCCCCGCGCCUCGCAGCUAAGAGGCUGCGUCUCCCGGUGCCCCCGCGCUCCCCUCCCCGUCCGUGACCGACGGAAAGGAGCCUUCUUUUCCCUGCUGUGACCCCCGAGCAGGGCUCCGAGGAGCACUCCUGUUCCACGGAUCAAACUCUCCGCAGCAACUUCCAGAAUAAUUUCCUCCGGGGGCCCGAGGGAUAGGGGCCGCAGAGUGAGGCCGAAGUUCUCGGAGCCGCUGAGAAACCAUGGGCUCUGCAGGCGGGGUCCGAGUGCUCCAAGGCUCGCGCUUCUCCAGAUAAACAGGAUGCUCGUGAGAGCGCUGCACCUGUUCGGGAAAUAGCUUUGUGAGACGAGGUUGCAGACCUACUCACAACCUGACGCUAGAGAAGCUGGAAGAGUUCCAGUUCCUUUACUUGGCCGACUACCCUCCAGAAUGUUGAGAUUGCCAGAGAAGUGACCUCCGCAAAAGGAAAAUAUUACUCCACUGAAAUUCAAUAUUUAAGAGCUUCGUGUGCUGGCAUUACGUGACCUCAGAAGUGCCUUCCCGCCACCCUCCUCGGCCACCAUCCACAGGCACAUCACCCCACGGAGCUGCCACGUCGUGAACUUGAUCUGUUCUGCCUUCUUUCCCACUGCAGAAAUGUUUCCCUUUCACCUCUGCUGUCGUAACUGAAGCUGUCAGCUAGUUCCUUCCCUGGACGACAUCCUCUGCGGUGCCGCAGCACAUGGAUUUCAGGACUACCUGUGAGGAGACAAAGACAGGGAUUUGUUUGCUGCAGGAUGGUAAUCCGGAGCCUUUCAAAGUGCGGCUACACCUGGCCAAAGAUAUUCUGAUGAUCCAGGAACAGGAUGUGAUAUGUGUGUCUGGUGAGCCUUUCUAUUCUGGUGAAAGAACGGUGACCAUUAGAAGACAAACUGUAGGAGGAUUUGGAUUAAGCAUAAAGGGGGGAGCGGAACAUAACAUUCCAGUUGUCAUUUCAAAAAUCUCCAAGGAGCAAAGAGCCGAGCUCUCAGGACUGCUCUUCAUUGGGGACGCAAUUCUGCAGAUAAACGGGAUUAAUGUGAGGAAAUGCAGACAUGAAGAAGUGGUUCAGGUUCUUCGGAAUGCCGGAGAAGAAGUGACCCUGACGGUCUCAUUUUUUAAAAGAGCACCUGCUUUCCUCAAACUCCCACUGAACGAAGAUUGUGCAUGUGCACCGAGUGACCAGAGCAGUGGCACCUCCUCUCCCCUCUGCGACAGUGGCUUACACCUCAACUAUCAUCCCAACAACACAGACACGCUGUCCUGCUCUUCGUGGCCCGCGUCCCCGGGCCUGAGGUGGGAAAAGCGGUGGUGUGACCUCAGGCUGAUCCCUCUGCUGCAUUCCCGGUUCUCCCAGUACGUGCCCGGGACGGACCUGAGUCGGCAGAACGCUUUUCAAGUCAUCGCCGUGGACGGGGUCUGCAGCGGGAUCAUCCAGUGCCUCUCUGCUGAGGACUGUGGCGAGUGGCUGCACGCCGUAGCGGCCAAUAUUUCCAGCCUCACGAAGCACAACAUUAGAAAAAUCAACAGAAACUUCCCUGUAAACCAGCAGAUUGUCUACAUGGGCUGGUGUGAAACACGGGAACAAGGUCCCCUGCAGGACAGCGCGUACUCGCCGGCGUUCCUAGCCCUGCGGGGCUCGUGUCUUUAUAAGUUUCUGGCACCUCCAGUGACCACGUGGGACUGGACCCGAGCAGAGAAAACGUUUUCAGUUUAUGAGAUUAUGUGCAAGGUUCUCAAGGACAGCGACCUGCUGGACCGGCGGAAACACUGCUUCACCGUGCAGUCCGAAUCUGGGGAGGACCUCUACUUCUCCGUGGAAUUAGACUCUGACCUCGCCCAGUGGGAAAGAGCCUUCCAAACAGCAACAUUUCUGGAAGUGGAACGGAUACAGUGCAAGACCUAUGCGUGUGUGCUGGAAAGUCAUCUGAUGGGGCUCACGAUCGACUUCAGCAUGGGCUUCAUCUGCUUUGACGCUGCGACCAAGGCAGUACUUUGGAGGUACAAGUUUUCUCAGCUUAAAGGUUCUUCGGAUGACGGCAAGAGCAAAAUCAAAUUUUUGUUUCAGAAUCCAGAUACUAAACAGAUUGAAGCAAAGGAGCUGGAAUUUUCGAACCUGUUUGCUGUUCUUCACUGCAUUCACUCGUUCUUUGCCGCCAAGGUGGCUUGUUUGGACCCUCUCUUUUUAGGCAAUCAGGCUACUGCCUCUGCUGCUCCCAGCUCCGGCAUGAUGAGCAAAGCCAAGUACAUGACUUGACGGCCUGAGCUUGGCAUCCCUCUUACCUUGACUUAUAAAAACAAUCAUACUCGUCGCUGUAGACCCUGGAGAAGCAAUCACAUCAUAGUCAACAGUGAAGCCAAGUUGAAAUUUCAGCAGAAAAGCAGGUCAUACGUAUCUCAGAAGCACUUCUGUUUUGAAGGCCUCUGGGAAUCAUCCUGAAUGAACAGGAUAGCUUGCUCUCUAUCGGUGGGUCGGUGCCAGUGUGUUGCUUUCAUCAGAAGAGAAGACGAAAGAAUGAAUGACUCGAGUAUGUAAAUAAUAUAAAAAAUUGUAAGCUACCUAUAAAUAAAAAUACCCAUUAAAUGGUCAUUUCGGCAUUUUAGAUUAUUUGGUAUGACAAAUACAUGAUGGGCCUGGUCAGGAACGAAUACCCCAUCACUGCAUCAGGAACAACAGAAAGGAGACAGUUGCACAGAGACCAGCAGGCAAAAACCCUCGUCAAAGAAGAAAGCGCUUUAACUCCCUGGUGUGCACUUCUCCUUGUACCCUCCUCCCGUGAGUUGACACUGGCACUCCAAUUUUUGUUUAUCUUAUCGUAGAAUAUUGCUGAGAAUUGCAAAAGGACCAUUACAUUUUACCUACGGUAGACACAAUGGGAAACAGACUAUUUCUUCCUUGGGUCACUGACACUGAGUGUUUUAUUUGCAGCCACUGACAUUCAAAGAUGCCAAAAUGUGUCACUUUAAUGAUGAAUGAAGGGAACAUCCAUGAACCUCUUGUUCUUUCCUUCAUUUAAGGAGAUUUAUAUUUUACCUGGAGUUUAUUAUUAAGUUAAAAUUUCAUGAAUUUUCAGUGACCCCCAAAACCUUGUAGAGAAAAUAAUAUCAACUCAUGCGGUGUAAGAAACAAUUCUGUGUAAUCCUGACCCUACCUGUUAAUGCUGAACCACAGUGUCCCUAGGAAGCAUUCUCAAAGCUGUGACUUACGUUGGGUGAAUGACAUCUUUCCAUUUUAGUUAGAGUUUAUGAAAGAAUAAGGUGAGAUAUGAAAAUAAAAUUUUAAAUUUCUGACUUGUCAUGAAAAGUGAUUAUGUAAUGCCAAACUGUUUGAGUUAUUUUAGGCGUCUUGUCUUAGGAAUGCAAGUGUGAAGAGAUUGGGAAUUUGAAAGCCCUGAAGUUGUGUGCACACGACUCGGAUCCCAGGUGUUACAUAACUAUUUGUAUAACAUUUUCUUUCCUUCAAAGCAGCUGUACUGAAAUUUACUUUUAAACAACCACCUUCCCAUUAAGAAAAAAAUUGCUUUUUUUAAUACACAUGUUCCCAACUAAAUCAAACAUUGGAUCCUUCCUUGUGAAAAUGACCAAUUAUCUAAUAAGGUGGAUUGAUUUUUUUUAAUAAGAAAGAAAAAAGUCACUCAAGAAGGAAACAUUAUUUGUAAAAAGGACACAUGAAAAUUAUAAUUAAAAAUAAACAUCAAACUAUUUCCAUAAUCAUUAUAAAUUAUUAAUUCACUUUUCAUCUGAUUAACUCUUAAGUGCAUUAAAUUGAAAAGGAAAAGUGAAGGUUCACAGUUGUACCUGGCAAGUGUUAAGUUCUAUCUAGGAUGACUUUUGAAAAGAACUAGGGCAGGACUUCCUUGGUGCAAUGGUUAAUAAUCCGCCUGCCAACAUAGGGGACACAGGUUCGAGCCCUGGUCCAGGAAGAUCCCACAUGCUGUGGAGCAACUAAGCCCGUGAGCCAAAACUACUGAGCCUGCGAGCCACAACUACUGAGCCCACACACCACAACUGCUGAAGCCCAUACGCCUAGAGCCCGUGCUCCGCAGCAAGAGAAGCCACCACAAUGAGAAGCCCACGCACCGCAACAAAGAGUAGCCCCCGCUUGCCGCAACUAGAGAAAGCCCUUGUGCAGCAAAGAAGACCCAACACAGCCAAAAAAUAAAAAAAAAUAAAAAGAACUGGGGCAAACUGGACAAUAUACAGUUUAAUAUAAUUUAUACUGAACAUCAAACUAAAUACAUAUCCAUAAUUGGGAUAACACUAUGGAAUUAUUGCUCACUGUGUUUUGAUCAAACAGAGCAGUCCUUUUAUUGGAUUGGCCAAAAAGUUCGUUCGGGCUUGUCCGUAAGAUCUUUUUGGCCAGCCCAGUAAAAUCAGAAGCCCACCAAAAACAGGCUUCAGGAGGCCACCAGCUCAGGCGGUGGAGUGGAGGGAGGGGGCAGCUGCCUUAGGAUCCGCAGCCGCAGUGGCCAGCUCAUCACAGACCCUCUGUUACCAGCUCGAGUUUCGUGUCAGCCCGCCCCACGCUAGGGUGACAUCUGUGUGUCCGUGGUGUGAGAAUCAGUGGAUUCACAGGCAAUAUGAAAUGGGCUGCUUAGCCUCAAGAAAGAAAAAGGGUUUCAAAACUUUCUACAAGUGUAAUGUAAUCAUUAAAAAAAAUGUCAGGUUUUGUAAAACUCCAUUUAAAAAAUACAAAAAGGUGAUUUAAUUAAAUAUCCUUUUUGUGUAUCAUAAAAAUCUUCUAGGCUGUACUUACGUGUAUAAUAAAGGAAAAGGUGCACAAUGAGAUAUGUGUGGGUAUAUAUCUCCUUGUACAACACACACACACACACACACUCGUAUAUAUAUAAUAAAAUGCUAAUCCCAUAUUAUAUAGAAGAAUAUAUUUCAAAUAAAUAUAUUAAUAUACUUUAAAUUUACACUGUAAAUUGUAGCCUGAAUUAAAAUUUAUGAUAAUACCAUAUUGUGUUUAUUUUUGAUACUCUUGAAAAAAAAGCCAUGGGCCCAAAUUGCUACUUAACAUGAUUAGUGGAGAAGCCACCUACUAAAAAAUAUUAUUUUGAUUUUCCUCAGUUAGCAAAUAGUGUUGAAUGUUUCCUUUCACAGUGCAAUGAGUAGACACUGUCAUUUGCUAUAACUUGGACUACUUGAAUAAGAAAGUUUAGAAAUGAACAAAAAUACUCAGAUAAAUCUCUAUUUCUCAUGUAAUUUAGGUUUAGGUGCAUGAGAUUUAUUCAUCAUAUCCUGGUUCGUAUUAGGGCACAUUUUAACAACAGAAUGCUUAAUUAUGUGCUAACCUCUCCAGUGCCUUGGUAUAUGUGUGUAUGUGUGUGUGUGUGUGUGCAUACACAUUAUACAUAUAUAUACAUAUAUGUAUACAUAUGUAUGUAUAUAUAUAUACACACUAAGGGUUAUAUAAUUAUAGUGUACAUAGUACAAGCUUGAAGGGAACAUUACAUUAUACGUACUUGGGUCAGAGAAGGGAAAUCUUUGCUAACUACUAUAAUCAUGUAUUUUGCCUGAUAAAGAAUAACAAUUCAUUUAAGCUGAAGUAUAUUAAAGCAGGGGCAUUUUUAAUUUGUUAUAUUGCCACAAGUAUUUACUUCAAAUACUUUAGUAGAUAAUGUAAGUAUAAUGUGUACCCCAACAUGUACCAUCCAACACUGUUUUUAAGGGAAAAUAAUCAGCGUAUCAUUUCUUGCCCGUUUUUCAGGCAUGUACCAACUAAGCGUUUUAGAGCCUUUGAUCACAAAGCUCAUUCGGCAGAAGCAGCGUAAUUCCCUGAAAAUAAAUGUCAAUCCCAUAUUCAUUAGGGCAACAGAGAGACUUUCUUUUUGUACAUUAGUUUAAAGUUAGAGAUUUCCCUCAUUUUCUAAAGCAAAGCUUGUCAUCAGCUUUGUUUACAUGGCAUGCUGGAUUUGAGAAAUGCUUGAUUUAUUUCUGUGGAAAAAUAAUCAUCCUAACAAUGAUUCAGAACUAUCGCUACAAAGCAGCAAUGUGGGGAAGCUUUAAAAGCACAAGGACGAUCUUGGGUUUAACUUUUUAAGGUAAGUGUCGAUUUCUGAUAAUAUUAACACACAUGUUGCUACGCUUAAUACUGAAGUCCUGAUGACUCUCCACAAGGAAAUGCUUUAUUCAUUCCUCUAGAACUCUUGUUUAUGAUUUAUUCUUAUUCCUGAAUACUUUAAAAUCAUAAUUCACUUCUUUGCACAUUUGAUGUUGCUUUUAAAGAUAAAUAAAAUAUUAUAAAUGUUAUAUAUUUAUACAUAUUAAAAUGCAAUGAAAAUGCCAGAAAUAUGAAAUGUAUUUAUUUCAUUUUUAAUUGUUUUGGUCGAUGUUUGUAAAAACAUUACCUGUGUUUUUAAUUAAUAUCUGUGACAAAAGCUUGUCACUUUGUUCUUUAAGUUCAUUAAUGUACUACUAGUAAAACUGUACCUUUUUUAAUAAUGCAUACUGGAAAAUAAAAACAGAUAAUUUUUUCUACA